UUGCAUAUUUUACUUACUGUAAGGAUAUCAAGAUUUACUACGCAAAACGUAUUUAUCAGACAAACAUAACCAAUUAAACAACAUUAAACUUUGAAUAUUCAGAUUAAAAUGAAUAAAAAACCAAUAUCCUUCGGUAAAAUCAGUUUAAACAUAAACAAACCAGCAAAAGAUGAUGCUUCGACAUCGGGAUUCGGUACGUUUGGUAGAAUACCAAUUCAAGAGCAAAAAGAAAUUGAAGAGAUAGCCGACGACUUGGAAAAUCAACAUGUACACCAAAUUAUGGGUAUUAAAAACUUUGGGAAGAAAGCAAAGAACUUUAAUGUCGAAGAAAUGAUGGAACAAGCAAAGAAAACUGCUCAAGAAGUCACCAAAAAUAAAAUAGAUGCUGAAACUAACAAAGAAGUAUCAAAUAACUCUGAGAGUGAAGAUGAUAGCUACAUCGGUCCUCCCGUUCCCCCGGGGUUGCAAGACGAUAGUGAAGAACUUAUAGGACCACCAAUACCUAAAGAAAUUUUAGAAGGAAAUACAAAGAGUACCUCUAAAGUAAAAACUACCUCUAAAAGGAAUGAAUCAAACAGUGAAGAAGACAGUUAUGAUGAAUUGAGUGGAUCUGAUGAUGAUGAUGUUAGCUUGGAAAAAAAGAUACCAAACACACAUGAGGUGGAAAUGCUUCAUGGCAGUAAAGCAGUGGUAGCUCUAGCUGUGGAUCCUUCAGGAGCACGAUUGGCAACUGGAUCAGUAGAUUAUGAUGUAGCUUUCUGGGAUUUUGCUGGUAUGGACUCAUCAAUGCGUUCCUUCAGAACACUACAACCUUGUGAGAAUCAUCCGAUCAAAGCUCUACAGUACUCGGCAACUGGUGACUCCAUCCUAGUAGUCAGCGGUGCAGCGCAGGCUAAGGUCCUUGAUAGAGAUGGCUUUGAAGUGCUAGAAUGUGUGAAGGGUGACCAAUAUAUCACGGAUAUGGCAAAAACGAAAGGACACACAGCAUCCCUAAACAGUGGUUGUUGGCAUCCGCACAUUCGUGAAGAGUUCAUGACGUGCUCACAAGAUGGCACACUCCGUCUAUGGUUGACAGAGAACCCGAAACAACAUAAAUCCGUCAUAAAACCUCGUCAACAAGGAGGCUUAAGGACCAAUCCUACCGCUUGCACAUUCUCAAGAGAUGGGAACACAGUUGCUUGCGGAUGCUUCGAUGGUUCCAUACAGAUGUGGGACCAUAGACGGAACUUUGUCAAUACCACAACAUUACUAAGAGAUGCACAUCAAAAACAAACAGAAAUAUCAAGCAUUUGCUAUUCAUAUCUUGGGACACAAUUAGCAAGUCGAGGAAACGAUGACACAUUAAAAUUAUGGGAUUUAAGAAACUUCAAAAAACCUCUAAACGUCUUCAACGAUCUAUUUUCAAGAUAUGAACAAACGGACUGUGGAUUUAGUCCUGAUGAUAGUUUGAUAUUCACCGGAGAAUCUUUACAAAGGAAUCAAGAUGUUGGUAGACUGUUAUUUUAUGACACAAAGACGUAUAAACACGUAACAAGUAUAGAAGUAUCCAAAUCUCAUGUUAUAAAAUCAAUAUGGCACGCAAAAUUGAACCAAAUCUUUGUAGGUUGUGGAAAUGGUACUAUAAAAUGUUAUUACGAUCAAAAAAGAAGUCUAAGAGGAGCUAAAUUGUGUAUAGUUAAAACACAUAGAAAGAAAUCAUCCGUAGGAAUCGUCAGUACCCAACAAAUUAUCACACCUCAUGCUUUACCAUUAUUCAGACAAGAGAAACUAAGAACUAGUAAGAAGAGAAUGGAAAAGGAUAGAUUGGAUCCUGUUAAAUCAAGACGACCAGACUUACCGAUCACAUCAGGUCAAGGUGGAAGGGUAGCGGCAUCAGGAAGUACACUGAGUUCAUUCGUGAUCAGGAACCUAGGGUUAAGUAAGAGAGUAGAUGAUGAACAGGAUCCAAGAGAGGCUAUCCUGAAAUAUGCCAAAGAGGCAGAAGAGAAUCCAUUCUGGGUCGCCCCAGCUUAUAAAAAGACUCAGCCUCAGCCGAUAUUCCAGAAUGAAAAUGAGGAAGGCCCUACUGAUCCCAAGAAACAGAAAACUUCUUGAAUUUAUGUAGAGAUUUAAAAUUAAAUAUAUUUGACAGUAUCCUAUACAUUUGACAGCAUCCUACACAUUUGACAGCAGAGGGACCCUAGGUUACAAUAAAAAUAAAUAAGUGUAUUUAUGUAAUAGGAAAAGUUUUUGUACAUACACAUAACUGACGCAUGUAACCCAGAGGGGUAGGCAGAGAUCACAGACCUCCAUUAAACGUGUCCAAACGGCCCUCCGCAGUACACAUAUCUGUGAAAUUUAUUUUUGCUGAUAUAUGCAGGUUGCAUUACAAUGUGUUCUUACACCGUAAGAACGUCAGUAAAUGUACAUAUAUAAAUCUAAAAACACUUUGGUACAUGACGAGAUUCGAACUUAGGACCUGCAGAUUACAAAUCAAAAGGUGUUUGACCUCUGAGCCA